AUGCCAAGGGAUCGAUUCAAGGCCAUCUUACGAUUUUUGCACUUCAAUGACAAUACGCACUACAACCAAGAUGAUCCAGACAGGGAUAGACUCUAUAAGAUUCGUAGAUUGAUUGACUGUUUGAAGGCAAAUUGUCAACGAGCAUUCGAGCCAGGCAAAAAUAUUUGUGUUGAUGAAUCUCUCCUGUUGUUCAAAGGACGCUUGGCCUUCAAACAAUAUAUCAAGACAAAGAGAUCUCGGAUUGGGGUCAAGUUUUAUGAGCUCUGUACGAGUAAUGGUAUCUUGCUAGACUUUGAAAUCUACUGUGGUAUUAGAUUGCCAGAAAUCCAGGGUUUGUCAACUACAGAAACCAUAGUUGCCACUCUGAUAGAACCACAUUUGAAUGCUGGGCGGUGCAUCUUCCUAGACAAUUACUAUACUUCACCAAAUCUUGCAGCCUGGCUUCUAGCUAGGGGAACCUAUGUCAUCGGAACUGUCAAAUCAAACAGGAAAAACUUUCCUAAGGCCUUGGCUACUGACAGAAUUGAGAAGGGACAAUCAAUAUUCUACAGAUGUAAUGAUGAACAUGUCUUGGCAGUAAAGUUCCGUGCUCUCAAAGACAAGUCAACAGGCAAGCCUAAGAUUGUACACUUGUUGAGCACUGCAACAGCUGCUGAUACUGGUCCCACUGGAAAGAAAGACAGAGCAGGGAAUGAUGUGAUCAAACCGACAUGCGUCCUGCAGUAUAACCAGCAGAUGGGAGGUGUCGACAUGAUGGACCAACAACUACAUGGAUUUCACACGUGCAGAAAAUCGUACAAAUGGUACAAGAAGGUUGCCUUCCACAUGAUAAUGCAAAACUGCCUCAGUGCAAACAAGUUGUACAAUCUUCAGCAAGGAAAAAAAACUCCUUUUCUGAACUAUUUGCAUGAUGUUGUAGCCAUGUUACUGACAUCAAGUCCCAAGCUGAACAAACUUGUCAUUCGGGAGGAGACCGUGCACCGACUUACCGGACGUCAUUUUCCUGUCCUCAGAGGAUUUGUACCCAGUGGAAAGCGGAGGAAAACAAAGAACUGUAAAGUUUGCUAUGCUAGGGGCCUAAGAGGACCAUCUGGCAAACCAUUGGAAACAGUGAUGGUGUGCAAAAAUUGUCCAUCACACCCGGGACUACACGUGGACAGGGACUGCUUUGAAGCUUACCAUACUGAAGUUGACUAUUCUGGAGACCCCCUAAUAGACAAUGAUGACUAUUAG